UUCAUCUCCUCUCUCUCUCGUAGCUUCUCUCUCUGAAAACGCUCAACUGUAACACAAAACCACCUCUGAAAUUGACAAAUUCAGCUUCGAAAAUGGGGUUUCCGGUUGGAUACACUGACCUAUUUCUCCCGAAAUUGCUGGUAUAUCUGCUCACGGCAUUAGGAUUUCUGCGGAAAUUCGUGUACGCGCUGCUCUCCGUGCUAGGGCUGGGCGAUUUUCUGGAGCCGGAAACGGCGUCGUAUCCGUCGGGCGAGGAGGCAGGGGGGGCGGAGCCGCGGUCGGUGUCGGCGGCGCUGAUCCGCGAGCUGCUGCCGGUGGUGAGGUUCGCGGAUUUGGAGGAGGAUCUGGAUCCGCCGGAGAGCUGCGCGGUGUGCCUGUACGAAUUCGGCGGGGAGGACGAGAUCCGGCAGCUGGCGAACUGCCGGCACAUAUUCCACCGGAGCUGCGUGGACCGGUGGAUGGACCACGAUCAGAAGACGUGCCCGCUCUGCCGGACGCAGUUCAUACCGGAGGAUAUGCAGGAGGCGUUCAACGAGCGCCUCUGGCUCGCCUCCGGCAUCUCCGAUCUCUACGGCGACUACUCGCCGAUUACGGCCGGUUUGUAGCUACUUUUUAUGUUUUCUUUUUUUUUUGGGGGGUUAGAUUCGGGAUUUUUGUAAUAUCUUUUCUGGUUUUUUGAUUGGUGGAAGAUGGAGAUGGUUGAGAGGUUUUGUAAUUUGGGAAGUGGAAUGUAUAUAUUACAUGAAAAAAAAAUUGGACAAA